CACCGAGACCCCGCCCCCUGAGUCUGGGUAGCGGCGCAAGGGGCCUGAGUACGGUGCGCGGCGGGACCACGAACUAGUUGGGAUGGCCACCAGCUGGGGGAGCCUCUUGCAGGAUGAGCAACAGUUGGAAGAGUUGGCCAGGCAGGCCGUGGACCGGGCCUUGGCUGAGGGCGUGUUGCUGAGGACCACACAGGAGCCCAGUUCCUCAGAUGUGGUGAACUAUGCCCCUUUCACGCUCUUCCCCUCACUGGUCCCCAGUGCCCUGCUGGAACAGGCCUAUGCUGUGCAGAUGGAUUUCAACCUGCUAGUGGAUGCUGUCAGUCAGAACCCUGCCUUUCUGGAACAGACUCUCUCCAGCACCAUCAAAAUGGACAAUUUUACUGCUCGUCUCUUUGACAUCUAUAAGCAAGUCUUGGAAGAAGGAAUUGCCCAGACGGUGUUCCUGGGUCUGAACCGCUCAGACUACAUGUUCCAGUGCAGCGCAGAUGGCUCUCCAGCCCUGAAACAAAUUGAAAUCAACACGAUCUCUGCCAGCUUCGGGGGCCUGGCCUCCCGUACUCCAGCCGUGCACCAACAUGUUCUCAAUGUCCUGAGUAAGACCAAAGAAGCUGCCAAGAUCCUCUCCAAUAAUCCCAGCAAGGGACUGGCCCUGGGGAUUGCCAAAGCCUGGGAGCUCUAUGGCUCAGCCAAUGCUCAGGUGCUCCUGAUUGCUCAAGAGAAGGAAAGGAACAUAUUUGACCAGCGUGCUAUUGAGAAUGAGCUACUAGCCAAGAACAUCCACCUAAUCCGGCGAAGAUUUGAAGAUGUCUCUGAAAAGGGGUCUCUGGACCAAGACCGAAGGUUGUUUAUGGAUGGCCAGGAAAUUGCUGUGGUUUACUUCCGGGAUGGCUAUAUGCCAAGUCAGUACAGUACACAGAACUGGAAAGCACGCUUACUGCUGGAGAGGUCAUGUGCUGUUAAGUGUCCGGACAUUGCCACCCAGCUGGCUGGGACUAAAAAGGUGCAGCAGGAGCUGAGCCGGGCAGGCGUGCUGGAGAUGUUGCUCCCUGGCCAGCCUGAGGCUGUGGCCCGCCUCCGUGCCACCUUUGCUGGUCUCUACUCAUUGGACAUGGGUGAAGAAGGGGACCAGGCCAUCACUGAGGCCCUUGCUGCCCCAAGCCGGUUUGUGCUAAAGCCUCAAAGAGAGGGUGGAGGUAACAACUUGUAUGGGGAGGAAAUGGUACAGGCCCUGGAGCAGCUAAAGGACCACGAGGAGAGGGCCUCCUACAUCCUCAUGGAGAAGAUUGAACCUGAGCCUUUUGAAAACUGCCUGCUACGUCCUGGCAGCCCUGUUAGAGUGGACCAGUGCAUCUCAGAGCUGGGCAUCUUUGGAGUCUAUGUCAGGCAGGGAAAGACACUUGUGAUGAACAAACACGUGGGGCAUCUACUUCGAACCAAAGCCAUCAAGCAUGCAGAUGGGGGUGUGGCAGCAGGAGUGGCAGUCCUGGACAACCCAUACCCUGUGUGAGCACACAGCCUGGACAGCCUGGACUUCGCUCAAGAGACCUUCUAUCCCAAGUCCUUGUCACUCCUCUCCUAGCCCUCCCAAGGGGCUGCCUUCCUCCCACCUUAGGAGGAUCAUUCUCUCCCAAAGUUUUCCAAGGUCUAGUGGGAAGGAUCCGAGGACCAGAAAUGCUGUGUUUCCAUUAGAUGAGGUCUAGAGGCCCCCCAAAUCUUUGAGGUGUGAGAAGGGAGCUACUGAGGUUAAGGUCCAUAAACUCUGCCAUACUCUUGGUCCCUCAGCCUUUCUAGCAGUUUCCAGUGCCUGACUUGGAAUAGGACUGAGUGGUAGAAAGAGGAGAGAUGAAGGAGGAUGGAGGGGCACAGACUUUCCCCAUCUCUGCCUUAAAUAAAACUACAUUGCUGAUUGUU